CCCUUCAAUUGGCAACAGAUGUACGAGUGUGCCGCUUUGAUGCGCAAGAAGGUCAUCGCUCCCGUAGACACAAUGGGAUGUGAGUCGCUCGCCGAAGCUCAUUGCUCGCCUGUCGACCGGCGACUGCAGACCCUUGUAGCGUUGAUGCUCUCCUCCCAGACCAAGGAUACUGUUACCGCUGUGGCUAUGAAGCAGCUCCAGGAAGGCCUCCCUGGUGGCUUUAACCUAGAUGCUCUCCUGCAUGUCCAGCCUGAAGCCCUCAAUCGAUUGAUUUAUCCCGUUGGAUUUCAUAACAGAAAAACGAUCUACAUAAAGCAAGUUGCUGUGAUCCUCAAAGAACAAUUUGAUGGCGAUAUACCCCAAUCGAUCGAGGGGCUCAUGUCUUUGCCUGGCGUCGGUCCGAAAAUGGCAUAUCUCACCAUGUCAGCAGCAUGGGGACGAGACGAAGGCAUUGGAGUUGACGUCCAUGUGCACAGGAUCACAAACUUGUGGCAUUGGCAUAAAACGAGCACACCAGAGCACUCGAGAGUGGAAUUGGAGAGUUGGCUACCUCGCGAGAAAUGGCAUGAGAUAAAUCAUUUAUUAGUGGGGCUCGGACAAACAAUUUGCCUACCAAUAGGUAGAAAAUGCGAUGAAUGUGAUUUGGGCAAGCAAAAGCUGUGCCCAUCUGCGGUUGAGCGGAGCCCCAGGAAAAAGGCAAAAAAGGAGAUUGAGAUCAAGGUAGAAGAUGAUGAGGUUGUGGUUGCGAAGCCUGAAGCUGACGACAGAGCUGACACUGUUCAGAUCAAACCUGAAAGUGUG